UGUAGUCGGUGGCAAUUGGGAAUCUGAAGCCAUCGGCUCAGGGAAAGCCAGCGGCGCGAGUCUGGCCCUCGGAAACCCUAUCUUGGUUGUCUCCCCACGCGGCGAACGCCGUAUGAAUUUGGUGGCGAUGGGAUUCGAGCCCUGUGCUGGGCUUUUAGGCCUACCCCCACUUCUCAGCCUUGCCGGGAUGGCGCCGGCUUGAUGGGAGUCCCAGGGUUGCGCUGAGCGGGAGUUGGCCCGUUGGGCUUAUAACACCCGCUGAGGAGCUGCUCCUUCCAGGCCAGGGCGUAGUGGGGGGCGCUCUCCGUGCUGGUCCUCCCGUAUCCUUCCCGGGAUUUUUGCCUGCGGUCUCCGGUAGGAGUGGAGCUCCGUGCAUCGUAGUUUGGUCGAAACAGGUCCUCUGCGGCCUUCUUACCCCAAGCGUUUGUGUUUCAGAAUGAAGACCAUUCUCAGUAAUCAGACUGUCGACAUUCCAGAAAAUGUCGACAUUACUCUGAAGGGACGCACAGUUAUUGUGAAGGGCCCCAGAGGUACCCUGCGGAGGGACUUCAAUCACAUCAAUGUAGAACUCAGUCUCCUUGGGAAGAAAAAGAAGAGGCUCCGGGUUGACAAAUGGUGGGGGAAUAGGAAGGAACUGGCCACUGUUCGCACUAUCUGUAGUCAUGUACAGAACAUGAUCAAGGGCGUUACACUGGGCUUCCGUUACAAGAUGAGGUCUGUGUAUGCUCACUUCCCCAUCAACGUUGUUAUUCAGGAGAAUGGUUCUCUUGUUGAAAUCCGAAAUUUUUUGGGUGAAAAAUACAUCCGCAGGGUUCGGAUGAGGCCAGGUGUUGCUUGUUCAGUAUCUCAAGCCCAGAAAGAUGAGUUGAUUCUUGAAGGAAAUGACAUUGAACUUGUGUCAAAUUCAGCUGCUUUGAUUCAGCAAGCCACAACAGUUAAAAACAAGGAUAUCAGAAAAUUUUUGGAUGGUAUCUAUGUUUCUGAAAAAGGAACAGUUCAGCAGGCUGAUGAAUAAGAUCUGAGUGAUCCAGUUACAGAAACCGCAAGAGGCCAGACUCAUGUGAUAUUUUAAAAAUGAAUAAAAGCUCUUUUGACUUGGGACUUUUUCUUAAAUUGAUUAUCCUUUCCAACUAUUUGGCCAGUAAGCAGCUAAGUAAAUUCUAGUGUGCUAAGAACAAUAACAGAAGGAAUAGGAGGGUUUUUUUUAGUAAUACUUAAUGGGAGAAGUGGUUUGAAGGAAUAGGAAGGGUAUUUUAGGCAAGAGGAAUAUGGGUACCAGUGACAGGCGACACUGUGGUUGUUCAUUAUUGGAUGAAGAACUUUGGGAGAUGUCCUGAAGGUAUGUGUAAUUUCGCAGAGGCACGAAUUUGAAUAUUUGUGAGGGCAAGUGCCUGAGUCACAGUAACUUUGUGUGAAAAAGCAGCUGAGAAGUGAUAUUAGAAGAUGGAGUUAAUUUAUAUUCAUGAUAAACAUGGUUGCUGUGGCCCAAGGUCCUCUGUUUUAGCGUAAUUUCAGCCAUUUACUCCUGUGUCCUAGUCCUUGAUAUCUAAAAAAAACUUAUAACCCUUCCAUAGUCUCUUCAUUCCAUGUGUCAUGCUUUAGAUACACUAUCAUACUAGACUAUGUUAACUCAAUAGGAUUGCCUCUAAAUCUCUUCCUUGAUAGAAACUCCAACUUGAUGAUUUCUCAGGCAAAACUUAACAUUUAAGUUUGAUUUCUCUUACAUCCUGUGUGUCUAGUCUGUUAGAAAAAUCUGUGGGCUGUGCCUUCAAAGUAAGGUAUGUUCAGGAACUAAGCAAGAAAAAAUAAAACCCAUUUGGAACAUAA